UCAUCAACCGACGACACCAGUGAACGGUAGAUGGCAGAAUGCUUUGGAUUUUACCGCGAAAAACAUCCGCGUGGUAGAGAAGAAAUACAAAGCGCCAGAUCACAGUAAACUCAGCUGUCCCACGUGACACUUUAUAAACAGAACCAAAAACAAGCGAGAUGUCAGCGAACAGUUGUGUCACAUCUAUCCGGCUUGAUUCCCUCAAGCAAGCUGACAAUCCACAGAUCCACUUGUUGCCUUGUGAAAUAGAGCAUAACGGACCUGCUGAAGUCUUCAAGUUCUUUAAUCCCACUGUGAAGGAACACAAACACGAAACGACAGUGUCUUUCAGAGGUCGGGGGCUGACGGGUCAGGAAUUGCAUUGCCCACAAGGAUAUAAAGGACUAGUGCUAAAAGAGGUCCAGAAGCCUGCAUCUGAUCAAGAGGAUCGAGUAGUGAAAGUUUCUUCAGUGUUCCAUCAUUUCACAUACUGGAAUUUGGAGACUCCUCCCACAUCUGAUGAUGGAGUUGUGAUGGCGAUGGCAUGGCCUCAGCUAGCAGAGGCAAUGCAUGGACCAGUGGACGACUGAUAAUGGACACUGUUUUAUUGUGGAGAUCUGCUUCUCAAGUACAUUGUUACAGUUAAACAAAUGUGAAAAUGAAUCUUUGUUGGAAGACCGAAUUAGUAACUUACUGUGUUGUUGUAUUAACCACCAUUUUACCAAAUAUCACAAUGCAACUUUAUUAACUAUUAAAAGUCUUGUUUUAUUGUU